CCAUGAAGCACCGCGCGGGUGAAGUCCAUGUGCAGCAGUGAUGGCAGAGACAGGAGUAUGGCGCGGCGCGUGCGUUCGAGGACACAUUAGAAACACGAGUUCAGUGUUGUGAGAGGUUGGGAAUUUAAAGACCAGAUGAUGCAGCGUGUGUUGUGUCCUGCAGCCGCCCCGCUGCGCUCUGUGUGCCUGGACCUCAACACCAGGGACCUGAGUGUCGGCGCAAAGAUCCUUCAUAUAAAGCAGUUUACUGCACGCUGCUUUAGCUUCUCCGGCAUCACCAGGAACUCCGAGUCCCACAAGACACGUCCUGAGGAUCAAAAAGCUGCACAGAGGCAGGAAAGAAACCAGGGAGAGAGAGAAGUCUCACCACAGAGCAUCAGGGACCUCGAUCCACUGCAGGACAAGUCGAUUGGCCUGGUUCAGAGGUUUAAGAGGACUUUUAAACAGUAUGGAAAGGUGAUGGUUCCUGUGCAUAUCGUCACUUCCACUGUGUGGUUUGGGACGUUUUAUUACGCUGCCAUGAAAGGGGUGAACUUGGUGCCAUUUCUGGAGUUCAUUGGCUUACCAGACAAGCUCGUGGGCCUUUUGCGAGACUCUCAGGGUGGAUAUGCACUGACAGCCUACGCAAUGUAUAAGCUUGCUACCCCGGCCAGGUACACGGUCACGCUGGGCGGCACGUCCCUCUCAGUGCAGUACCUCCGUAAACACGGCUACUUCUCCACCCCGCCUCCGGUCACGGAGUACCUGCAGGACAAAAUGGAAGAGACCAGAGAGAGAUUCUCUGAGAAGAUGGAGGAGACGAAGGAGCGGUUUUCAGAGAAAAUGGAGGAAACUAAAGAGCUCCUGUCAGGUCGCAUGGAAGAGACUAAAGAGCGCUUCGCCGAAAAAAUGGAGGAGACGAAAGACAAGCUGGCGGAGAAACUGCAGGAGACCAAAGACAAAGUGUCUUUAAGGAAGAAAACGGAUUAACAGGAAAUGAUCACUCUUACAAAGUUGUAUAAUUCUACGAAUCAAACGGUAUAAACAUGUUACAAUCUUUCACAAACUUCCAGUCUUGAUCCACAUGUCCUAAAGUCUCAUUUAUUUUUUAUUGUUCAGUAAGACCUAGAAACCUGAUCGUACUUACUGCAUAACUGAUUAGGGCUGAUUUCUACUUCUGUAAUAAUGCACAUUGUGUGAUGUGAUUGUAUUAGGAGAGAGAAAGGAGAAUUAUGAGAGACAAGAAGUUUUAGCAAGUAGAGGCAUAUAUCUGCUAAUUUAAUAAGCAGCACCUACACUUCAACCAGAGACCACAAUCCUUCAUUCUUAAUUACUGUUGGCUCACAAGCCAGAGGCUUAAACAGGCCAGAGAUCACCUAACAAACUGCCUUGUUUCUUCCGUCAUACAUCUUUUUUUAUCUUAUGUAACUAUAAUAUACACCGAUCAGCCAUAACACUAACACCAGCGCCAGGUGAAGUGAAUAACAUUGAUCAUCAAUUAUAUACUGUACCUGUAAACUGAUGGCAGAAUCAUGGGCACCCAUGGCUUAUCUAUGCCUGUGGGAACGACAGCCCAUCUGGUCCAAUCCCACAAAAAAUCCGUACUGGCCCAUGCAGUAUCAGUGCAGGUAUCAGUGCACCACAGCCUGCCAUGCAUGGGUCUUAGCAAGCAAAGCGCCAAAGGCUGCCGACCUUGUCUCCAAACUCCCCAGAUACCAAUCCAAAUGAGUACCCAUGGGACCCACCAGACAAACAAGCCCGAUCCAUGGAGGCCCCACCCCUCAACCCACAGCACCCAAAGGAUCUGCCGCUGGAGUCCCAGUGCCAGAUACAGCAGCACAUCCCUAAGGCCCUGCGGAGGCCUAAAUCCUAGGUGGGGUUAAUGUUGAUGGUUUGAAUGUUAUGGCUGAUCGGUGUAGCUUUCAAAAUAUAAGGGUGUUCAAAUCAAACAGGGACUUUCGAUUGUGCAGAAUAACAGAACUGUUACGAGAGUAAAAACUCCCUUUAUUUCUCCAUAUAAUCUCCUUCUACACUAACACACUUAUCGCAGCAUUUCACUAGUGCUUGUAUUCCAUCAGGUUUUCCAAGUACACCAGAGCCAUGAUUGGACUGCCUGCCUUACAUCUGAAAUGGUGGUCUCCCAGGAACUAAGUAAUUUUAUCACAAGUCCCGUUUUACCUUGAACACCCAAUGGGUUUUAACACAACAGUUAUUCUAAAAAGCUAAUUAAAGGUAACCACAUCUAUUCAUUGUCUAUACUACAUACUGUAGACUACCCUGUGUAGGGUUUUGCAUGGGACCUUGAGUGUCAGGGCAUCGGGCAGUGUAAACCCUGCAUGAAGUGCCAACCCAUCACAGGGCAGAAGCACACACACACACACACACACACACACACACCAACCCAGUCAUACACUACGGGCAUUUGUAAUUGGGAAUAAAACAAUCAGUCCAUAACAUGUCUUUAAAACCCGGAGGAUACCCACCAAGAUGCACAAUCAACACACACACACAUACCAGAGCCAAGAUUUAAACCCACAACCCUAGACAGUGCUAUCCACUAAGCCACAUGUAGCUUUCCCAGGUAAAACAUGUAUACUUAAAGUAUAAAAAAAUAAAAAUUCUGAGAGGAAAGAUAUUUUGCACUACCACUUCCAGAACAAAAUGCAUGUCUUUCAUCUUUUAUAUUUGUGUGGAUUUUAUUUGAGCUUGUUCUGACCACUGAUUUAUAAAAAAGAAACUAAACCUGUGUAGAUGUAGGUCCUUGUAUAGGAAGAGCUCAAGCAGAAGAGAGUAUCUGGGAGUGUGGGGUGGAACUUGAACCAGACUAGAAGUAGCACAAAAACAAAAUGGGAUAAAGAGGUGUGGCCUUUUAAAGCACUCGUAUACCCCAGCGGCAAAACUUUGACACCGUGAACUGACAGAAAAUAGUUGGGAUAUGGUGAAAACUUGCGAGACUUCAUUAAAGUUUUUCCCACAAAUCAUCCCCGAAUGCAGCUGAAGAAACCAAACUUUUCAUUUCAGCCAGCAGUUUUCUUGUUCCGUCAUCGUUUCCUGUACAUGCUGCUCGUCACAUGUGACAACUUCUCCCUAUAUUAGGAAACACCUCAGCUGGUGUGCAGACAGGCUUGUUUACACAGCUCGCUUCGUGAAGCCGCCUCUCCCUCAGCCACAGGUUCUUCCAUCGUGCUGUUCAAAGGCAUUUCUAAUGCAACGUGGUGUGUCUACAUGGUGGCUUGAAAAUAUUAAAAUCCUACCAUAUGAGCAGAGCAGGACAGGUGCUCUUGAAAUGACUCUGCUGCUAGUGUGUGAAGAGAACCCAUUUAGAAGAAAAAAGAUACUUUCAUGGUCUCAGUUUCUCUAUUAAAUGGUUAAUACAGGGUGUCUCAAAUGUCUUUGUACAUGGGGGAAAUUACUAUCUCGGAAAAAAACAUUACGAUUGCUAUUUCUUUGUAAUCUCACACACAAGGUCUCUCUUCUGCUUUUGAUGAUCUCGUGUUAACAUAAUAUCUGAGAAAAGAAUUAGUCCUCGACUUACAAACAUUUGAGUUACGAAUUUCCGCAGAUAUGAACAGACCACGAUUCUAAUACCGGUUCAAUCAUGGAAGUAGCUCACGUGUAUUGUACAAAAAAUAGACACUGCAGUGCACCCGAUACCAAUAUUUACAAUUAUAUACAGUAUUUUCAGUGCGUAGGUAAGUGUAUAAAAUGUCGAAAGUCUGGUAUAUUGAAUAUAUGUGUGCAUGUGCUGGGGAGAAAUGAGUCAGCCUCACUGGUUUCAGUGAAUCAGCCCGGGAGCACUAUGAUAGAAAAUGGUUGUCCUGUAAAGCUGUCCUGAUGCUAAACAGAAAAUCCAAUACAGUGGAAAACAACGUGUCAUCUGGGAUUCCCCUCAUUUUGAAGGCGUAGGGACAACACCUUCAUUUCCUUAGGUGUAAUUACGGUUUUUGGCCACAUGAUAGCUGUGUGGGGAAAGGGGACAGAUUGAGUCAAGUGGAUUGGUAUGCUUUACAUUGUAUAUUCGUGUCAAAGCCAUAUAAGACUCACUUUGUCGGACUUAAGAACAAAUCUGACUUACAAACGUGCUCCUGCAACGGAACUCGUUCUGUCAGUCGGGGACUACCUGUAUAACAUGAAUUAAGAAUGAGAGACAUUGUGUCAAGGCAAGUGUGUAAGUUUUCCCUUGUGUACGGAGACUUUUCUGACACUACUGACAUAUUAAGCCUGUAAUAGCAAUAAUCAUUCUACAAAUGUGUGGAAAUUAGAAAAAUAAAUCGAGUGAACGUAUUUCUGCUCAAAGAGCAAAUGAAGAUAUUUAGCGAUUACUACAAACAUGUAAUGUUUGCAGUUGGGGUGUGUGUGUGUGUAUAAAGCCAGGUGACUUGUGGUUAAGGGAAUCAUCUAAAGCCAUACAGUAAGUGUGUCUGCUUUAUGUCUUUAUGGAGAUUAAACUGUAUAUUAACAAAUCGAGAUGCUCAUUGUUUUAUGGUUGAGUACACAGUUUUGAAAAACCACAUUCUUCAUUCUCCUAAUAAACCAAUUUUAUUCA